AUGGUUUCUUGAGAUUUGAUUAGCUGAUGAGAUGGAAAAAUGAAAAGUGGGUUGAUGACGAGCUUUCAAGACCGACGAGUAGAGCAGCUUUUAAUAUCGCCCCUGUGAGUUAUCUACUCCAUACUACAGCAAGAGAUGACAUUCCGUCUGGCGCGGAGUUUGUGGUCUCUAGCACUGAUGCCACGUCAUGUGGUAUUCCAUGUCUGGCGUUUACAACAGCUGCAUUUAUUGACGGAAGAGAGAUACGAUAAAGUACGCAGGCGUUUCACGAAGGGACUAACAACUAUUUUAGACGUUGAAGGCUGAAAAGAAGAUUUGAAUUUCAAUCCCUUUCGUUUGUACAUUUUGUCAAGUACUAUGCUAUCAUUUCAGUCAAAUAUGGAAGGCAUCAAGACCAGCUGACAAAUGUGCAGCGUGACAACGUUUGACAUUGAGCUCGCAUUUUCUCGCACAAUCACUGUCGUUACAUUGCGAGAAAUUAGUCUUACACUAUCAUAAUCUUUAGCGGUCCAAAAUUCAUCACAAGACUUUCCAUAACAACACCUGCUUUGUAUUUUGUGGCGACCAAGCCGAAGCUAGUUUGUACCUUAGUGUUGGAGUACCUUGCCAAGGGACGUUUUUCUUUGAACCUUGUAAUUGAUCUCGACAUUAACAUAAUUUCGUCACUCUAUUACUGAAACUAGCAGUUCUCAUUUGCAUUAUGCGUAUUACUACUCUGUUAUUCAAAGUGCUGCACAAACUUUUUAAAACUAAUAAAUUAAUCAUGUAAAAAUGUGACAUUCUAAGCAAAAUCGAGAAUAAUACAAUUAUAGAGAAAACAGAAAUGUGACAGUCGUUUCACCCUUGUCAUUGACGACUAUCACCAUUUACUGAUAAUGAAGAACAAAUCAUCUGCGCAAAGUGCAUGUCUUCAACCUGCAUGGUCUU